AUGUCUGUAGGACGUGUCUUAGCACAUGUCUGUCUGUAGGAUGUGUUUUAGGACAUGUUUGUCUGUAGGACGUGUCUGUAGGAAAUGUUUGUCUGUAGGACAUGUUUGUCUGUAGGACGUGUUUGUAGGACAUGUUUGUCUGUAGGAUGUGUUUGUAAGACAUGUUUGUCUGUAGGAUGUGUUUGUAGGACAUGUUUGUCUGUAGGAUGUGUUUGUAGGACAUGUUUGUCUGUAGGACGUGUUUGUCUGUAGGAUGUGUUUGUAGGACAUGUUUGUCUGUAGGACGUGUUUGUAGGACAUGUUUGUCUGUAGGAUGUGUUUGUAGGACAUGUUUGUCUGUAGGACGUGUUUGUAGGACAUGUUUGUCUGUAGGACGUGUUUGUAGGACAUGUUUGUCUGUAGGACGUGUUUGUAGAACAUGUUUGUCUGUAGGACGUGUUUGUACGACAUGUUUGUCUGUAGGACGCGUUUGUAGGACGUGUUUGUAGGACAUGUUUGUUGGACGUGUCUUUCUGUAGGACAGGUGUCCUUCUGUAGGACAUGUUUGUCUGUAGUAUGUGUUUGUAGGACAUGUGUCUGUAGGACACGUCUGUCUGUAGGACAUGUCUGUCUCUAUGUUUCAGACUCGCAUGUUUUUUUUAUUAUUUGGAAAAAGUACUUCACUUUUAUUAAAAAACAUAAAUGUCUCUCACACUCAAAACUACGGGACAUGAUGUCCAUACUAUAAAGUCCAUUUGACCGUUCAUAGAUUAAAACAAAACACAUUUGUUUUUUAUAAGUGAAGACUCUUUGUGUCUUUAGUCAAAGUCUAAACGCUGACGUUGUCUCCCGUCAUGUCCUGUUUGACGGAGCAGAGGUUUGUCUUCUGUCUGUCCCCUCUCUAACCUCAGAGUGUUCAGGAGACAGUCUGAGGCGUCCACCACUGUCAUUCUGUGUCCCUCUGCCUGGUCCAAGUCCACCAGCGUGAUGGUCAGGAUGCUGCUCCUCAGCGCCUCCUGCUGGCUGCUGGUUGUCACAGGCUGCUGCGAGGACGAUGUCUUCAAGACGCAGGAGGAGCAAGAACUGAUAGAAGCUCUACAGGAAGUUCUGGAGAAGUUAAAGAGCAAACAGCUACCGUCCACAGAGAAGAAACUGGGCUGGCUUCCUUCAUGUGACAUGGGACAGCAGUGUGCGUUGCGUAAAGGUUCCAGGAUUGGGAAACUGUGUUCGUGUCCCGGAGGAACUGUGUGUAACUUCAACGUCCUCAAAUGUGUGUAGAGCUGAGAGACAAACUCCUUCCAAAUAAAGGCAGGUUUUUAAAAAGUCCACUUGUCUUUGUUGACUUCCUGUUUGUCUUCUCUGUGUCUCAGGCUGGUUGUGAGCAGCAGGGGGUGCUCACAGCACAGUCACUGCCUCCUGUUUUUAUUUCAAUGUUUUUGAUUCAUUACUUUUCUCUAAACAUGUUUGUCAUCACAGAGUCACAGGUAUGUCCUCGUCCAAUCAUGUCUUCAGUCACUGUGUUUGUCUCUGUCUCAGUGUGUGUGUGUCUCUGUCUCUGUGUGUCU